AUGCUGGUUGAUAAUCAAGACGAAUACAAUUCAUAUUCGGAUUUAGAUGUCAUGCAAACAACCUUAGCCAAUUCGAUUUCUAUUGGAUUCAAUUUAUAAAUUUAGGGUUUCAAAUUAAACAAUACAAGCUGUCGGUUUAAUCAAUAUUUAAUCAAGGUUUCAAGGCCUUUAGAAUUUAAAUUCGAGAUUAGAUUAUUCAAUCAAUCUAUCAAUCCUAAAUUCUCAUAUCAUCAAUCAUUCAAACAAGAUCAAUUAAAAUCGGAUUCAAACUUUAGGUUUUAGGGUUUUGAUUCCAGAUUAGGGUUUCUUAAAUUCAGAUCAGGAACAAUCAAUAAAAACAAUCAACAAGUUCUAAGGAAUCGAUUUCUAGUUCUAGUUAUGAGAUUAUCGAUUUAGGUUAUAUUGAUUUUAGGGUUUUGAUCAAGAACAUGGGAUUCCAUAAUGAUGGAUUAGGGGUUUUUGGUUCUGAUUAUUAUGUUCUCAGAUUUAGUCUUUAUACCUUUGUUUUGUAGGGUUGAACCGGACCUCCUAAGAUCUGAGACGAGCUGAGACGGAUGGACGCAAGACGGCUCCUGUCGGGUCGCGGUGCCGAGAACGAUCGUGAGCUGAUGCUUGUCGCGGAUGGUUGCGUCUGGUCGGGGACUUGAACUGAGCUGGAUGCAAACUGAGCUGAGGCUGGGGACGUUGGAUACGAACAUGGAACGCCUAGGAGCUGAGCUUGAUCGGAGUUGAGACGAGACGGAGGUCGUCUAGGAUCAUCGCCGCCGGCUUAGGUUUUUAGGGUUUAGGAGUUUCAAUUUUGUCUCAGGGUUUUUGAAGUCUAUCGUGCUGAUAACGUAUUGUAAAAGAAUGAGGAAUUCUUCUGUGUAUUAUUAAUGAAUCAUAAGGUUCCAGAAAGUAUCCAAAACCUAAUACAACUGGAAAUAGAAAAACUACUAAAACAGAGAAAAGAAAACUUGUGUUGGCCAACUCUGAACCUCCUCUUGGCCGACUGGGCUCUCUUCUGGUCUUGGUUAUGAGUCAUCCACUUAAUCAUUUAUAACAAGCUUCCUUUUUUAUCAUCAUAAAGCGUUACCUAUUUAUUCAGAUCAACAACAACACACAGAUAACAAAUCCUAAAUUGACACUUUCAUCUUCUUCUUCUUACUCAUAUUAUUUUGAGAGAAAAGUUUCAGUUUCUUUUUGCUUUUUUAAUCACCAAGACCGGACAUGUCUUACAAUGGUGCGUCGAUGAACCCACCCCCUACGAUCGUCGCGGUUUCCACGUCUAGCAAACAUGUGAAACUCGAGAGAGAAACCGAACUCAGGAUCGAAGUCUCCGACACGCCUCUCAAACUCCGUGUCGUGAACGGAACCGCCCAGACGGACGGUACAACCGAAACAGACUACACAGCAGACGAGACACCAAUGGUCAGCUACCUUAACGUGCAUGCAAUCCUAAAUGCAAGAAGACGUGUUGCCCAAGCUUCAGAGUCUACACAAGGACCUAGGGUUAUUGUAGUAGGUCCCGAGGAUUCCGGAAAGAGAACGUUGGCAAUGCUUAUCAACUGGGCAGCUAAAGAGGCGUGGAAGCCUACGUUCGUUGACUUUGACGUUACCCAAGGCUCGGUUUCAAUACCUGGCUCUGUCGCUGCUACACCUAUAGAGACGCCUCUUGAUCCUGUUGUAGGGUUUCCUCUAGAUAUGCCCUUAGUGUACUACUACGGUCACACUAAACCAGGUACCAACGUUGAACUCUACAAAGCUACGGUGAUGGAGCUUGGAAGAGUGCUGGAGAGACAAUUUCUUGGGAACUAUGAGUCUCGAGUGUCAGGGAAAGCGGCUGCUGGUAUGGUGAUCAACACCAUGGGUGGUUACGAUGAGGUGCUUCUCCACGCGAUUGAAACAUUCAACGCCUCGGUUGUUCUUGUGUUGGGUCAGGAGAAGCUCUACAGCAAGCUUAAACAUGUGUUGAGUAGUAAGAGUAAUGUUGAUGUCGUGAAGCUUCAUAAAUCAGGUGGAGUUGUUGCUAAGAACAGUGAGUUCCGUAAAACAGCAAGGAGUUGUCGGAUUCAGGAAUACUUCUACGGUCUGUCCAAAGAACUAUCUCCGUAUGCUAAUACCUCUAGCAUCAGCGAUGUGAAAGUGUUCCGCAUUGGUGGUAGACCACAAGCUCCAAGAUCAGCUCUUCCAAUGGGGUCUGACCCGGUUUCUGAUCCGUUGAAGGUAACGCAUGUGAAUAUCGAUGACCGGGAUGUGCUGCAUUCUGUUCUGGCUGUCUCGUAUGCACAAGAACCAGACCGGAUCGUGUCAAGUAAUGUUUCCGGGUUUGUGUAUGUAACGGAGGUUGAUGUGCAAAGGAAGACGAUUACGUAUUUAGCACCGUCGCAAGGGACAUUACCCAGCAAGUUCUUGGUGGCUGGAUCUUUGUCUUGGAAGAAAAGAUAAGAUGAAGUUAAAUACGGUUUAAAUUCGAUUUUUGUAAUUGCUGCAAUAUAGUUUUAAAUCAACAAAAUCUUAAAUGAAAUAAUUGUUAUCAUCUCUUUUAGUUUCUUUCAGCCUAAUUGAUACUCAUUGUGUGCUUGACUGGUAUUCAAUCCCAUCUCUAUGAGAAAUAAGGACACAAUAAUUGUAA